AUGCAGGCUCAAAGCAUGCGACAAACACAGUCCCUUCCCGGCAAUUUUGGGGCGCAAACCGUGCAACACCCCGGUGCCAGAAGCUGGCCACAAUGCGCAAUAGCUGAGAUGAAGGACAUGUUUCUGCUCUUAAGCGCAGAUGGCAAAAUAGCAUACGCUUCGCCAUCAUGCCAGUCAGUUACGGGAUACACUAUGCAGCAGUUAGAGGGAAAGUCGCUGUCCCACUUCACACAUCAAGACGAUCGCGCGAUUUUCUCCGAGGAACUAAGCCAAUGUGUUGCAACGGGAUGUGCUCUACGUCUGCAUUUUCGGUUCAACCGCGUGGUUGAUUCGUAUUGCAUUUUGGAAGCAUCCGGGCAUCCGCAUAUGUCGAGCCAGGACGGGAACAACGCGGAUGGAAAUGGGAAACCCUACGACGGAGUCUUCCUCAUAUGCCGGCCGUAUCUCACAAAAAGCGCCCAGCUACUCGACUCCUUCCUCGAACACAAGAUCGAGAAUAUCCGAUUGAUGCAGCAGGUCGUACGGCUCAAGGAGGAGGAAGAGGAGGAAUCAAAGGUGGUCAAAGCACCAUAUGCAAAAUUGGACCAUUCAAGCAGCACCAACAAAACAUUCUUCAACCAACCUCGACGUUUCAUCUCAUCAAACCCGGCUGGUUUCACCGCUACCAUUGCCCCAGAUUUUACUACAUCGACAGAGGAAUACGAAUCAUCAGACACCCUCACCAACCUCGACGAGCCAGAAUUCAAGCCUUUUUCUACUGAAGAUUUAUCUUAUAUCGAAGGAAUUGAAGUCCUGACUGGCUUGAACUACGGAGAAGGAGAGAGAUCACAGGGCAUCAGUACCGGCAUCCGCCGUGGUCGUCUCAUCCAAUGCGACACCGAUUUUGCUACGAUAGACCAUCAAGUCCGCAGUAUGGAAGAGAGCGAUAGGAGGAAACGAUUGAAAGGGGAAUAUCGAUGUAGCGACUGUGGGACUUCGGAUUCGCCUGAGUGGCGGAAGGGCCCUAAGGGACCUAAGACUUUGUGCAAUGCUUGUGGAUUACGAUGGGCCAAAAAGAGGCGCCAGGCACCAACCUAG